AUGUCCAAGGAACAUGCAGCGCUGAUCAAGGAGCUGGGACUGACAUGUCCCAGAGGCGGAGAUUUCUACGUUUGCGACAAGGCCAAGGUUCAAUUCAUCGGCUGCUGCGCUAUUGACCCCUGCGACAACGAUGGUAUCUGCCCCGAGGACCAACUCGUCCUCUCCAGCUUCACAAAGGCCAAGUACGAUAAUCUACCUCCGCAAAGCUGCGACAACAGCACCAUCACCGACGAGGAUGAAGAACCCUUGUUGACGAAACGAGCCGUGUCUAACCACCGUCUCUCACUAUCACCAACCUACACUCCCUUCCUCAGCCCCAACCCUUCAGACCCAGGUGGCAAGAGGCUCAGCCAUGCCGUGACCGCUCCCAUGGUCGAUGCAUUUAACGAUUGGCACCCGGCACCAGGGAGGCUGCACAGCCAAAAUGUUGCUUUCUGGGUUGGCUGGAUCUGGGACAUCCUCCUGACCUUGGUGCCUCUCUGCUUCAUCGCCCUCUCCAUUGUCGCCGUUUAUUUGGAUGGUCAACAACCUUCUGACUAUGGCGAGAGAGUGGUUGAACUGACCCGUCUGAGUCCAUCCAUCUACCCGAUUCUCUUUGCAGCUAUUGCGAGCCGCUUCUACAAGAAUGUCUCUCGUUGGUGUCUAGAGAGACCUGACGGUAUUGGCCUUGCUGCCCUGGAGCAAAUCUUUGGAAGUCGAAGCUUUGCUGCUGCCAUCGAAGGAGUCUUUUUCAUUCGCACUCAACUCUCCGUCGGACUUAUUAUCCUCUUCACUUGGGCCAUGUCUCCCCUUGGAGGUCAGAGCGCCUCUAGACUUCUCUCUGUUGGCAACAGCGCCGUCGCAACAAACGUCAGCGUCUACUUUUCCGACCCAAGCUACCAGGUUUCAUACUACCCGUCCUCGUUGACACAAGAGGACAACAGUGCGAGUAUCACUGCUUUGUACUCGGCCACUCUUCUCUCCUCUCAGGAGCAAAAGAGGUCUUCUAGGGAUCUUUGGAACUUGCCCAAGAUUCCUCAGUGGUCAAAGAGCAAGAAGCAAGGAGAGUGGUACGAGGUAAACGAGGAUGCUCUGAGCGCCGACGCCAACUCCUAUAUUUCUCUCCUGGGUAUCAAGGUCCAGGGUCUUUCGGGCGUCAGUGGCGAGACAAGAUUCAACUUUACCGCUCAGACGUCCUACGCCGACUUUGAGUGCGCUCAUACCAGGAAUAUCAAAGUUGAUACACUCGCGCAUGCCGAAUAUCCAACUCAACACUUUGGUACCACCGUCUGGGUCGAGGGAGGAAAGAAUUCGAGUAGCAGCACCGAUCCGUCAGCCCUCUCUCUGUCAUACAUCAGCUAUGGCCUGUCCAACGAGGAUUCUGGAAACCCAAUCUGGGCCAUCAUCAACUGCACCAUGCAGACCGUUACGGUAGAGACGGAGCUCCGCUGUGGCCCAAGCCCCUCGGCGACUAGCUGCUCCGCGUUCCGUCAACGUCGUGUCAAUGGACAUACGUCCUCUAACCGUCCUCCAUCGAUCCUGUUUCGGAACAACAAUGCAGUAGACAGUGCCAAUGCUGUCCAGCAGGUUCUCAAGUUCUGGCCCACGUCAUCCGGAGAAGUCCUCAUCGGUGCGGCAUCCCCGACAGAGAACUACAUCAUGGGCGAGUUGCACCCGUUUGCAGGUCAGAAGCCUAGAAGAUGGGCUGGUAAUGACCUGGAUGUCUUCCCUGACGAGUUCUCGAGACGGUUCACCACAGCUUUCAACACUUUCUGGGAUGCUACGUUGAAUCCUCUCACUCACACCAACGUCUCCUUUGGUGAACUUCCUGAAACCAACGUCUUGUCUUUUGACGAGCCCAGCGCUCAGCCAUUCAUGAACUCGACGAUUGGAGAAAGGAUCGUCUCCCACCGGCUUCUGGCCAUCCUGGGACUUGCCCUCCAGUUCUUCAUCCGCGGACCCGAUAUUCUAGGAUUCGCCAGCACCAUGACGAGAGAUAACCCAUACGUGCCUGUUGCCCCUGGUGGAUCCAACCUCGACGGUCCAGACAGAGCAAGGAUGCUUCGGGAUCUUCGACUACAGCUGGCAGAUGUGCGUCCUGAUGAUGCAAAUGGAUACAUCGCGGUUAGAGCAGUUCCCUCGGUGGUAUCUCAGGAGGAUGUAAGAGGAAUAACAAAGCAAGAACGCAAAGCAGCAAUCAGACCACUGGACCAGAGGAAGUUGUAUACUUGA